UAAGAUAAUACUAUAAGUAAAAGUUAAAAUCAUAUAUACCACAACAAUUCAGACAGUCUGAAUUAUGUGAUUAAUAAAUUAAAGAGGUUAAUUGAUUGAUUGGUUUAAUCAUUGAUAUUCGGUACAGUUAGUUAAGAUGGCCGACUACGUCAACAAACAGGUGAUUGAAUUAAAAGAAGUUAAUCAAGACAACUGGAACAGAGCAACGAGGAGCGUGAAGACUGAGACCCAUCUCUCAGAUAGAAGACUAAGACUCUACAGGCUGGCUGCUGGGUGUUUAGGAGUGCUGUGUGUUCUACAAGUCACUCUCAACAUCUCCCUGAGGCUGGCUUUCUAUAACAGAGGCAAUGUGACUGUAGAGAAAGACCAGCUACAGACCACUUACAACACCCUGACUAAAGAGAGAGACCAGCUACAGAAGGAAAGAGAUGAUGUCAUGACAAAGUUCUCAAAUCUGAAACAAACCUGUCCUGAAGGCUGGCAGAUUAAGUUGGAAUCCAGUUGGUACUUCCUGUCUACUGAGACUAAAACCUGGAAGGAGAGCAGACAGGACUGUCUGAAGAGAGGAGCAGACCUGGUGAUCAUAAACAGUGAUUUGGAACAGGAGUUUCUCUUAAGCUUUAAUAAGAGAGCCUGGAUUGGUCUGACUGACUCUGUUACUGAGGGGACCUGGAAAUGGGUGGACGGCACCCCACUGACCACCCCAAGUUACUGGUACUCACAGCAACCUGAUAAUGGUCGUGACAACCCAGCAAAUGGGGAGGAGGACUGUGUUGAACUGAACACAGAAACCUGGCUUCCUGUAAAGGCAUGGAAUGACCAGUCAUGUUUACUCAAUCGUUAUUGGAUUUGUGAGAAAGUGGUUUAACAUCACCAUGACAACAGAGGAGGCUGGUGGGAGGACAUACAACACCUUACAGUGCACACAACUUCAUUAUCUCUCUCUCUAAGACACACCAACACACUGCUGGUACUGUACUGAGGGGCAAAACAACCUGAUAAUGGUGGAGUACCAAGAUAUAACUAGGACUGUGCUGAUGUUACUAUUGGGUAUUCUAAACCUGUAUAUAAAUAUUAUGACAUAGCAUUUACCUCUCAACAUAACUGGAUUUGUGAAGAGUUAUACAGCAGCUCAUUAUAUAGUAGUGCUACAGUGCUAAUGCAUCUCUCUCUAGUUAAACAGUGUGUAGACAUACUGUCAUCUUUACAAUGAUUGUAUUCAUUGUUUUAAAUAGAAACAUGUUAUGUGAUUUGCCAUAGGCUUCUUCUUUUUUCAUAAUCAAUUAUUAGCAUAAAUUUCUUCAGUAAGAAGAUGAACUAAGGCUCAGAUGAAGUAAGAAAGGAACCUAUCGGGUUUACCAGCUUCCUGAUUGAAUGUGAUUGGAUUGUUAAAACAAUGUGACUUGCAGUUGGACAUAGACAGAAGGCAGAAGAGUACUGAGAGGAUACAUGCAGCACGCAGGCAAACACACCUGUGAAGUUCCCUUUAUCUGAUAAAGAUGCAGACAGCUAUCAUGUUAUAUCACUGUGUUUAGAAUAUCCUGUAAUGUAUAACUUCCUGAUUGAAGGUGAUUGGAUACUAGUGGACCGUAGUGGACAACAGACAGAGAUCAGAGAGGAAUCUGGUGGAGAUCCACAUCAGAGCAACUACUCAACUACUAGUCACUGAAGUUAGAAUCAUACAGUAGAUAUUACCAUUAGGAGUCAGUUAGAAAGGUAAUCAUACAGUAGAUAUUACCAUUAGGAGUCAGUUAGAAAGGUAAUCAUACAGUAGAUAUUACCAUUAGGAGUCAGUUAGAAAGGUAAUCAUACAGUAGAUAUUACCAUUAGGAGUCAGUUAGAAAGGUAAUCAUACAGUAGAUAUUACCAUUAGGAGUCAGUUAGAAAGGUAAUCAUACAGUAGAUAUUACCAUUAGGAGUCAGUUAGAAAGGAAAUGAUACAGUUUGUUUCUAAACUAUGACAUGGCAUUGCUUCUAUAAAAUCAACAUUGUGAGGAUGCUGUGUUCUGUGUUGUGUUCUGUGCAGUGGCCAUAGAGACUAUAACACAUUAACAUUUAAACUUAGGUUAACAGAAAGAAGAAAACAUUAAGGUAAUAUGUAAAGAUUUAGCUUUGCUUUUGGACUCUUAUCCCCUAAUCUGAAAAAACAUGUGCAAACUCUACACUUGGUGCCAAUGCUUAGCUAGUCUUACUAACAAUAUUUCUGGUCUGAUAUCAAUCUUCGUUUUCACACUGACCACAUUAAUUAAGCUUUCAGCUAAUAUAAGACACUUAUAUGUACCUAAAUGUUUCAAAUCUAUAUUAACUCAUAUAAUUUUUUUGAAUUACACGCCCUCCAGUUUAACUGGAAGUUGUCCCGCAUGUGGGAGGCCGAUCCCUGACAUGAAUAAAAUGUUUAGAGGGAAUUGGACAAAGCUGAAACCGAUACAGUUUUGUGACUGAUCCAAAAGGCUGCAAAU